ACAAGAAAUUAAUCAAAAUCACAGCAAACAAAGAAUGAGGAUGUCGAUUGCUUCCUCUUUCCCCUUGGCGGUCACCGUGGCGGUGAUCGCCGUCGUGUCGUCGGCAUACGGGUUGCGCGCGGCGGAGGCGACGAUCGAGGGCACGUGCGCGGCGGCCGCGGCGCGCGACCGGCGCGUGGACGCCGCGUUCUGCGCGCGGCGGUUCGCGGCGUACCACGGCGCGGCGGAGGCGGGCCCGUGGGGGCUGGCCAGGACCGCGGCGCUCAUCGGCGUCAGCCUCGGCGACGACGCCGCGUACGACAUCGGCGAGGGCGUGGUCCGGCCCCCGCCGGCCGGCGGUGCCAGGGGAAAGGCGGCCCUGCACGAGUGCGCGCGGGCGUACGACGCCGUGGGCAUGGCCUUCGCGGAGGCCUCCGACGAGCUCGGGGCGCGGCGGUACGCGGAGGCCGAGGAGAGGUUCGCGCGCGUCGCGGCGCUCGCGCAGCGGUGCGACGGCGUGCUCGCGGUGGCAGGAGCCAGGACGCCGCCGGCGUUGGCCAGGUACAGCGCCGACUGCCAGCAGAUGGCCGUCAUCGGCAUCGCCAUCACUAACCUCAUCAAGUGAUCCGUGCGCCGGUUUUGGUAGCUUCUCUGUAGAAUGUAGAUUAUUGCCCCGUUUUCUUCCACAGCACCCGUCACAUCGAAUGUUUAGAUACUAAUUAGGAGUAUUAAACGUAGACUAUUUACAAAACCCAUUACAUAAGACGAAUCUAAACGGCGAGACGAA